AUGAUCGUGGCCCUCGAGAACUCAGGAACACCGAUCACCGCAGAUGUUAUCAAAACGAAGUUACUCCAAGAGAUCCAGGUUCCGAGCGUGGAUUCGGCGUUGGCAACGUCCGAAGUGUCGACGUUCAAUGACAGCGACCAGGAUCAGUGGUUCUUCGAUUCAGGCGCAAGCGUGCACAUGACCUGGAACCACAAUCUGAAGGAGAACAUGAAGCAUUCUGUCGGCACAUUGAUAGCAGCAAAUGAAGGCAUCAUAAAGGUGACAGCGACGGGCUCGACGGUACUCAAGCCACAUUGCCAGCAAGAGGCCAUUCCGGUCAAGGAAGUGCAGCUGUUGCCGGAGCUCGGUGCAAACCUUCUGUCCGUGAGCCAAAUUGUGAAGCAGGGGCACACCGUGAUUUUCACCAACGACGGAUGCAGAGUGGUCGAUACGGACGGCGACUUUAUUGCUACAGGUAUCCACGACAACAAUCUUUUCAAACUAGAACAGCAUCGACAGGACACGGAAAGCGCGCUAGCUUUUUCGUCGUCCGAGAGCUUGGAGGUUUGGCAUCGAAGAUUGGACCACUUGAACGUCAACAGCAUUCGGCGGUUAGCCGAUGGUUUAGUCGAUGGAGUGAAAAUCAACAGCGGUAACCAUGGGAACUGCAAAUCGUCCUCACAUUCUUUCCAGAUUCCGCACGUCACCUCGUUGGACAGUAUGAAGGCCCUGCCACUCGUGGAGAUCAACCUGGAGGGUAACCCGCUGAAGGACCGCAUCAAGGACCAGACCGUGUACAUCAGCGAGAUUCGUAAGCGACUGCCCAAGAUCAUUAAGUUGGACAACAUGGAUCUCCCGCCGCCGAUCGGGUUCGACGUUCCGGAGGACGAUCACAAGCUGCCCUCGGCCAAGGCGUCCUUCCUGUGCGACACGGCCGGGGCCGACAUUGUCCGCCAGUUCCUGGAGCAGUACUUCGUGAUCUACGACUCGGACAACCGGCAGCCGCUGCUGGAGGCGUACCACGAGCAUGCCAUGAUCUCGAUGACCGUAUUCAACAGCCCCAGCCAGGGCAGCCAGCAGCGGUUGCAGACCUAUCUGAACUUCAACCGCAACCUCAAUCAGAAGCGCGAUCUGGACACGCGGUGUCGAACGCUGAAGAUGGGCCGGCUGCCGGUGGUGACGUUCCUGUCGGAGCUGCCGAAAACCAAGCAUGACCCGCUGACGUUCGUCGUCGAUCUGACGUUGUUUACGCCCCAACUCAUCCUCCUAACCGUGACGGGUGUCUUCAAGGAGCGCAAAGUGGCCGUCAUCAACGAACCGUACCGAUCGUUCCAGCGUUCGCUGGUAAUCGUUCCGUCCGGCAGUGGGUUCUGCAUCCGCAACGAGAUGAUCCACAUCAACAACGCCACCCGAAUACAGGAGGACAAAGCUUUCAAGGAUCCGGCCUCCAGUGGCUUCCAAGCGCCGGCCACCGCUGCACCAGUGGCCACAGUACCAAUACCGGUGGCACCGGUUGUUCCUCCAGUAGUCGACGACAACACCAAACUGCAGAUGGUCCAGGCGAUGGCCGCCCACAGCAACAUGAACCUCGAGUGGAGCCGGAAGUGUCUGGAGGAGACGAACUGGGACUUUGAGCGAGCUGGGUUCGCAUUCACCGAGCUGCACAAGCAGAACCGGAUACCACCGGAGGCGUUCGUUAAGAAUUGAAGACGAGGAGGAGUGUGACGAGUACGGCGCGCGGUGGAACCGCUUUGGACCCCAGCCCGGGGGAUUUUAGGUUUAGGUUUUUGAUUUAGGCGUUGCUUUUUUGGGAGAAUGAUUAAAGUUGUUACAAAAGACUCGGAAAGAUUAUGGGGAUGACUUGGGCGACUAUAUAAUGCAAGAAAUAGAUGUUUGUUUAGAGAAACUUGUUCAAAUUUCAGUCUAACAAAAUUAAUCCUUCUCCCAAAGGCGUCCCAUCUGUGUAGUUAUUAGUAGGUAAGUUCAAGCAGUACAACACUGCUGGGAAAGUUUCAAACAAUGAAAAUCGUGAUCGAUUCAAAGUAGUAAUAAAACGGUAUCAAUUUUUCUUCUUACGAAACUGAUGAUCGCAAGUUGUAGAAUGAAUAUUGAGAGUGAAUGAGUUUAAAAGAUGAGCGAUCGUGUCGAAAUUAUAUGUUUUCACAUAGAGUCAACCACUUUUCAUUUAACGUACAACAUUCAGGUAGCAAUCAAUUAUUUCAGAGAGUUUUUAGCCAGUCCCAUAAUGGAAACCAUGCAACUAUGUGUCCUUUUAUUAAUUUUAAGAUCGUGUGUAGACCCCAUUGAUCAAAAGAGCAUAAUUUAUUGUAAAUGUGUAACUCUUUACAAAUGAUUAUAUUUUUAUCAAAAACAGACGAAAACAGCCAUCACUGUGACUUAGAAGUCGCAGCUGACUUUCAACCAGAAAAAUAAUACAAAAAUUUAAAAGAUGUACUUUUGUA